AGAGGAGUGAUGUCUUUCAAUUAUCAUGGCAAAAACGCGAGCAACCUUUGAAGAAUCAUUGGACAUUUUCCCACCCAAAAUGCUGGCAUAAAUAAAAUAAUAAAAAUUGACGGACUUUUGAUUCUCAUCAAUUGAUCAAAAAGCGUCAAUAAUUUGAAUGCCAAUGAAACAGACAAAUGAUGAAGCAUUCUCAUUUUCUGUUAAAAAAAUAUCAAUCAUUACUUCUAUAUAAUUAUGAAUACGGAGGGAUCUAAAUUCUAAUUACUAAAUUUCUGUUUGAUUCUUUAGAAAAUCUUGCUUGAAAGAUUCCUAUCUUUCUAUUGCGUAUAAAAUUUUUUUUAUAUGAAUGUCUUGAUCAUCAUCACCCACCUUUUUUAGUUUGAUUUGUUCCAUUGGAUAUUUGAUAAACGAUAUCUAGCUUUGGUCUAUUAACGGACUUCUUAUAUUUGUAAAAUAAUUUAUUUAUUUUUCUUUUUACCAAAAAAAUAAAUAUAUAUUAUUUGCCAUGGUUAGAUAAAUGGGUUAGGUUCCGAAGAAGGCUCGUUGGCGGCCUAGACUUCAGGGUCCAAUGGCUAAUCUAUUCCGUUGUUAUUUUGGAUUCUCGGCCCAGAAUUUGCUCUUUGGCUAUUGUCAGUUCACCAUCUUCUUCUCUUUGCUCACUCUUCCUAGAGGCACAAAAUAUCAGCUAUCAAGCGCUCUCUUUUUGUUUAAGCUUUCUUCCAAAAUGAAGAAAGGAAUUCACCCUCAGAUGCAGUGGAUAUCCUAUGUGAUCCAGAGUGGUAGAUUGAUGCACAUUAUGAUGACAAAAAUUCACCAUGUUGGUAAAGUCUACCACUUCAGGACAAGACGACAAAUGGCUGAAAGUUUAGGACAGAUUGCCAAGUUUAGGCGUCGUUAUGGGCAGGAAGAUGCUGAAGACACUGCAAAAUGACUUAUUGUAAGAGCAAAAGUGGAGCUUGGCAUUGGUGAGUUUUCUCAUGUAUUUUAGUUUAAAAGGUCACCCCAAACUAAGCGAGUUCUCUGAAUUGCAAUAAAGUUUAUUGUUUAUGGGUGCUUGAAGUUAUAGAACAAUUUGAUUUUGAUCAGUUUAGUUAAUGGUGAUUUCACUGCCGAAUUAAGAUUAUUACAA